AUGGGAGCUAAAUUAGAAAUUCCUAAAGGAAGAGGUCCUUUUGUUUUUCGUAUACAUGGACAAGUGUAUCACAAUACAUACGAUCUUCAUCCUAAUAAUAGUGAAAGUCGAAAAUAUGGACAACUAUACAUUCUUGAUACUAAUCAAGCAGUUCUUGAACGAUUGAAACAUGAUUCUAACAAAAAAUGUUUACCAUCAUUAAUGAAAGAAAUAGACGAAUUGUUGAGAUAUAUUAAUCCUUACGCUAAAGCAUUUAAAAUGAUGAGAGAAGUAGAAUUAGAAGAAGAAAUACGAGCGAAAUUGCAAAAUGAACCUAUGAGAGAUAUUCAAAUGUGGAUAAAAAGAGACAGAUCAUUGAAUCAAAGCAAAUUUAAAGUUCCGUCUUGUAAUGAGGUGGCAGUUGUAUUCGUUAGUGAAGAUGGUGAACCUCCAGUAGAACGUGAUAUAUGUAUACAUCCAAGAAAUGAUAAAAGUAUUCCUAUUCACAAUCUCAGUGCAAAUGCUGAUCCCAUGAUAUAUCCGUUAGUGUUUCCUGCAGGUGAUCCAGGAUGGACAGUAAAUAUAAAACAGAAAGGAGGCACUGAUCGUGAUGUUACUCUUUUACAGUUUUACAUUUUUCGUCUUUCUUAUAGAGGAAAAUUUAAUCCUUGUUUGCAAAUGGGCAAAUUAAGUCAACAACUGAUAGUUGAUUUUUGGUCGAAAGUGGAAGGUUUGCGUAUCAGCUACAUAUAUUCGAAUCAAAAAAAACUUCGAGCUGAAUUGUAUUGUGGAUUGAUGGAUUAUUUAUAUAAUAAAGCUGCAGAAGAAAAUGUUCGACCAGGAAGAAUAAUUGUUUUACCAUCAACAUUUACUGGUGGACCACGUUCUUACCAACAAUUUUUUAUGGAUGCCAUGCGAUUAGUUCAAGAAUUUGGAAAACCAGAUUUAUUUAUUACCAUGACAUGUAAUCCGAAAUGGUGUGAAAUUACAGAAAAUUUGUUAUGUGGUGAAACUGCAUUUGAUCGGCCAGAUAUUGUUGCAAGAGUUUUUCAACAAAAAGUAAAAGCGCUAAUGAUUGAAUUAAAAGACAACCAAAUUUUUGGACCAGUUAUUGCUUAUGUAUAUGUGAUAGAAUUUCAAAAGCGUGGAUUACCACAUGUACAUUUAAUUGUCUUUUUAGAUCAAUCACAUGCUAUUCGUGAUGCAGAAACUGUUAAUAAAAUAAUUUGUGCAGAAAUUCCUGAUGAAGCAAAACAUCCAGAACUUUUUAACAUUGUAAAACAGUUUCAAGUUCAUGGACCUUGCGGAAAACAAAACAUGAAUUCACCGUGCAUGAAUCCUGAAACAAAAGUUUGCACUAAACAUUAUCCGAAACCAUUUACUUCAGAAACAGAUUAUUCGAAAAAUUAUCCAGAAUAUAGACGAAGAAAUGAUGGCAGAAAAAUUAUAUUUUAUAACAAAGAUGGUUCAAUUAAAUGCACUGCAGACAAUUCAAUGAUUGUGCCAUAUAAUCCAUAUUUAAGUAAAAAAUUUGCUUGUCAUAUUAAUGUUGUAGCAUGCGGUAGCAUAGGUGGUGUUAAAUAUUUAUUUAAAUAUUGUUAUAAAGGUCAUGAUUGUGCGAUAGUAGGUAUUAAGGAUAAUAAUCAGGUAAUGAAUUAUGAUGAACCGCAACAUUAUUUAAACACACGAUAUGUAUGUCCACCAGAAGCAAUGCAUAGACUACUCGAAUUUAAUAUGCAUGAACAAUCACAUGCAACGUAUAGAUUAGCUGUACAUUUACCUGAUCAUCAAACAAUAUGCUUCACAGAAGGAAUGGAACAAAAGGCAAUUGACACAUUUAAAAAUACGACAUUAACAGCAUGGUUUGAGUUAAAUAAAAAAGAUCCUAAAGCACACAAAUAUUUAUAUUCAGAAAUACCACACAAUUAUGUAUUCAUUCAACAAACAAAAACUUGGAAAAAAAGAGAACGGAUUACCAAACCUUUAAUUUCUCGAAUGUAUUUUUUAAAAUCAUACGUCACAGUACGUGGUGCUAAAUCAUUUGAAGAUGUAAGAACGUAUGAAGGUACAAGAUAUAAUUCUUUUACGGAAGCAGCUCGUGCCAGAAAUUUAAUGGUUGAUGAUAAUGAAUGGGAUAAUUGUUUAACUGAAGCUGUAAACUUGAAAUUUCCUAAAGAACUUUGUAGAUUAUUUGCAUACAUAUGUGUAUUUGGAUUGCCUGCGAAUGCUAUUGAUUUAUGGAAUAAAUAUAAAGAUAUGAUUUUUGAUAAUAAUUUACCAGCGGAGGUAUCAAUUCAAAAGUCGUUAAUUUUAAUUAAUGAAGUACUUAAUUUUCAUGGAUUUUCAUUACAUCAAUUUGGUUUGCCUAAUAUAGAUCAGAAACUUCUUGAACAAUAUAAUUCUGUAGAUACGGAAAAUAAUGCAUUAGCAUUAAAAUUGCUUAAAGAAGAAUCUAAUAUUCUUAUUGAAAGUUUAAAUAACGAACAGCGUCAAGUUUUUGAUGAUGUUUUGAUGGCAGUAUAUGAUGAUAAUUGUGAAAAUAGAUAUAUUUAUCUUGACGGACCGGGAGGUAGUGGUAAAAGUUAUUUACAUAAUACAAUUAUUACAACUGUUGAAAGUCAGGGAUUGAUAGUUUUAUCAGUUGCAUGGACUGGUAUAGCUGCUAACCUUUUAAAAGGUGGUCGAACGUCACAUAAUAUGUUUAAAUUUCCUAUACCAAUUAAUGAAGAUUCAAAAUGUAAUAUUAGUGGAAUGUCAAAACAUGCAGAAAUUUUGAGAAAAGCCAAAAUUAUUAUUUGGGAUGAAAUAACAAUGGCACCUAAGUAUGCAUUACAAGCAAUGGAAUGUAUGUUGAGAGAUAUAACAAAAUGUAGUAAACCUUUUGGAGGUAAAGUUAUUUUGCUUUCAGGAGAUUUUCGACAAACUUUACCUAUUGUUCCUCACGGUAAUCGUACUCACAUUGUUGAGGUGUGUGUGAAAAAUAGUAGAUUAUGGCAACAUUUUGAAAGUAGAUCUUUACAUGCUAAUGUCAGAUUGAAUAAUGAUCAGAUCGAGUUUUCAAAUUGGUUAUUAAAUGUCGGUGAUGGUAAACCUGCAAGUUCAUUUGAGAAAGAAAAUAAUGUUUUAGAAAUUUCAGAAGAUCUAAUUUCAAAUGGGAAUUUAAUUGAUGAAAUAUAUGGGUCAUCGAUAAGUCCAAAUGAUUCAUCUGUUUACUCCUCUUGUAUUCUUUCAUUAACUAAUGCUGAAGUAUUGAACAUGAAUAAAUGCAUUUUGUCAAGAUUAGAAGCAGAAGAAAAUGUAAUUUCGGCAGAAAUUAUUUCUGGAAAAUCUAAAGGUGAAGUAGUUUUUAUUCCUCGCAUUGAUUUAUCACCUUCACAAGACGCACUUCCUUUCAAAAUGGUAAGAAGACAAUUUCCAAUUAGACUUGCCUAUGCAAUGACUAUUAAUAAAUCUCAGGGCCAAUCAUUCGAUAAAGUAGGAAUAUAUUUACCAAUUUCAGCAUUUGGUCCUGGUCAAAUUUAUGUUGGUUGUUCUAGAGUUAAAUCUAAAGAACAUUUAAAAAUUCUAGCUGUUGGUUCUGCAAUCACGGCAAGAGACCCAAAGUUUUACGAGGGUAUCUUGCCGCUGAUAAAAGAAAAGGUUAAACCUGAAGAUACAGGCACCGUGGUACAGAAAAUCAGGAGAACUUUUAAACAGGAAGUUCUCCUGAUAGUGAAAAAGGGUGGAGAGACCUUAAAAUUUGCGAAAAGUCUGUCCUUGGCCCUGCAUGGCAGGGCCGAGGUCAUACCUCUUGUAAAUAAGAGGUCUCUAGAAAUCAGAGACCUGGAUGAAGCCACUACAGAGAGUGAGGUGACUUCAGCAUUGGAAGAAAAGCUGGGCAAGCCCGACCUGCCUAUAGAGUGCAAAUUACUGCCGCGCUACAAAGGAACUAAGGUUGCUCUAAUCCGCUUGGCAGAAGCAGAAAAACAACGAGAACUUGUAGAAAUUGAGACCGACAAUGAGGAAAUUGAUAAGAAAGAAGAGGAAAUUAAUGAGAAAGAAGACGAAAACAUCUACACAACCAACGAAGAAUUUUAA